AUGUAUCUUCAUCAAUUCGACUAUCUGUUUGCCAUUGGCACCAUCUUCGCCUUCCUCGAUGCAUGGAACAUUGGUGCCAAUGAUGUUGCCAACUCCUUUGCUACCUCAGUAUCGUCCCGUUCUUUGACCUAUAUUCAGGCCAUGUGCAUUGGCUCAGUGAUGGAAUUUACUGGAAGUAUCGCUGUGGGUGCUCGUGUAUCUGAUACAAUCCGCACCAAAAUCGUCGACGUGACCUUGUUCGAAGACAAUCCGGCGCUGUUGAUGCUCGGUAUGGUGUGUGCCGUGUGUGCAUCUUCCCUCUACUUGACGUUUGCAACGAGAUUUGGCAUGCCCGUCUCGACCACCCAUUCCAUCAUGGGUGGUAUUCUGGGAAUGGGUAUUGCAGCAGUGGGCACGGAUGGUAUCCAAUGGUGGGGUGGCAAUAUCAAUUCCGGCGUCACCCAGGUCUUUCUUGGUUGGGUCAUUGCUCCGGUCCUUGCUGGUGCCUUUGGGGCUGUAAUAUUUCUCAUCACCAAGUACGGCGUUAUGCUUCGCAAGAACCCUGUCAUGAAGGCUUUUGUGACCGUCCCGAUCUACUUCGGCGUCACAUCUGCACUCCUCACCAUGCUCAUCGUCUGGAAGGGUGGCUCUGCUAAGAUCAAAAUCAGCGACGCCGAGACCGUCGGGGUCAUUAUCGGGGUGGGAGCUGGCGUCGCCCUCCUGGUGACAAUCUUUUUCCUUCCAUGGUUGUACUGUGUGUUGAUCAGAAAUGACUGGCAACUAAGGUGGUGGCACAUCCCCCUGGGUCCUCUCCUCCUUCGUCGUGGCGAAGUCCUGCCUCCCCCCGCCGGCCAUAACGCUGUACGAGACUAUUACCGCGGCCACCUGACCAUGGAACAACUUCAAGCUAAACGCGCCGCCCAGAAGACGAAAUCUGAGAACAAUGAGCACAACGGAGCGGCCUCGCACGAGAAAGGUUUCAAUACACCGGAUGACAUGAUUCACUCGGAUAGCGAAGGUGCAGCAACUCCUGUCAUGGCAGAGGCUCAAACAUACUCCAUAAUCGGCCCUCGCCCAGAGGGAGGCAAGUUUCACCCGGCCGUUCUGUUUUGGCAUUUCAAGCGUGUCUUCUUUCAUGGGGUUGAGCAGGACGUGAUCAGCAUGCAGAAGAAGAACGGCAUCCUGACUGGCGACAUUGAGGCCAUCCACGCCCGUGCAACUCACUACGACAACAGAGCCGAGUAUAUGUACUCGUUCCUCCAGGCUAUGACCGCUGCGACGGCCUCAUUUACCCAUGGCGCCAAUGACGUGUCAAAUGCUAUUGGGCCCUAUACAACCAUCUACUAUAUCUGGUCGACCAAUCAACUUAAAUCCAAGACACCUGUGCCUUACUGGAUCUUGGCUUUUGGAGGCGCUGCUAUCGUGAUUGGCCUCUGGACCUACGGCUACAACAUUAUGCGUAACCUUGGUAACCGAAUAACACUUCAUUCGCCUUCGCGAGGCUUCUCCAUGGAGCUGGGCUCUGCAAUCACCGUCAUCGUGGCCACUAGGCUCAAGCUCCCGGUGUCGACCACCCAGUGUAUCUCCGGUGCGACGGUGGGAGUGGGUCUCUGCGCGGGAACUUGGAGGACCAUCAACUGGAGGAUGGUGGCCUGGAUUUACAUGGGAUGGAUCAUAACUCUUCCUGUGACCGGUAUCAUCUCUGGGUGCAUCAUGGGCAUCAUCAUCAACGCCCCCCGCUGGGGGAUUGCCCUGUGA